CAGGCGCCCCGCCCCCGGCGGCCGGCCGGCCGGAGGGCAGCCCCGAGUGACAGGUUCCCGAGGGCGAGGGCAAGAUGGCGGCGGCAGUGCUGCUGGCCGCGGGGCUGCGCGCGGCGCGCAGGGUGGUCGCGGUCGCGGGACCGCCGCGGGGGCCGCAGGUCCGAGGAGCAGCAGGUGUGAAUGAUGGAAAUGAGGUGGCCAAGGCCCAGCAGGCAGCUCCUAGGGGGAAAGCCCCAACCAUCUUCUCUAGGAUCCUGGAUCGAAGCGUUCCAGCUGACAUUCUGUAUGAGGACCAGCAGUGUCUCGUGUUCCGUGACGUGGCUCCUCAGGCUCCUGUGCACUUCCUGGUCAUUCCCAAGAAGCCCAUUCCUCGGAUUAGCCAGGCUGAAGAAGAAGACCAGCAGCUUCUAGGACACCUUCUCCUUGUGGCCAAGAAGACAGCAAAGGCUGAGGGGCUGGGAGAUGGAUACCGACUUGUGAUCAAUGAUGGGAAGCUGGGAGCACAAACUGUAUAUCACCUGCACAUUCACGUACUCGGGGGCCGACAGCUCCAGUGGCCUCCAGGUUGAACCUACCAACUGACCAAGGACCCUGAGCCUGGAUGAUUGGAUGGGGCAGGAGGAAAGAGACCCUGUGAUCCAAUAAACUUGCUCUCCCUCAA